AUGGAAAUGGAAGCACCACCACAACAGCCACUGCCACCACUAGCCCAACCACCACCUCCACCUUUGGAACUUGACAACAAGAGACCUUAUGAGAUGGUGCAUCACUUGGCGUCAUGCAACGCCGUCGUGGUCUUCAGCAUGAGUGACUGUUGCAUGUCCACCGUCGCCAAACGCCUCCUCUUUAGCCUCGGCGUUGGCCCUACCGUCGUGGAGCUCGACGAGCAAGACAACGGUCCUGGCAUCCAGGCCGUCCUUUACCAGCUUGCCGGAGCACAUCAGCCCGUCCCCGCUGUCUUCAUCGGCGGUAAGUUCCUCGGUGGGGUCCAGACCCUCAUGGCCAGCCACAUUAACGGAACCCUCGUUCCUCUCCUCAAGGAAGCUGGAGCUCUAUGGCUCUAA